GAGAAAGUCAAACCCGUGGGUUACAACGAAAAACUUGAUGUAUUUGGUGCACUGCAAGUGAGUGCAGUGAGCAGCGGAUACUGCAUCGGUUCCUGCAAUUGGAUCAUCUCAUCGUACAAAGAGAAAAUCGUGUUCAUGUCUGGUUCGUCAACUCUGACGACGCAUCCGAUGUCUUGCGAUCAAGUGGGUCUCCGCAAUGCCGACGCCCUCAUCGUCACGGGUCUCACGCAAACCCCGUCAGUGAACCCGGACACGAUGAUUGGCGAAUUUUGCACGUCAGUAGUGGCGACGUUGAAAGCCGGCGGGAACGUGUUGGUUCCGUGUUACCCAUCUGGGGUCAUUUACGAUUUAUUCGAGUGCGUGUCUGGGCAUUUGGACACUACUGGGUUGAGUGGAGUGCCCCUGUACUUUAUUUCCCCCGUGGCGGAUUCCUCGUUGGCGUAUUCGAAUAUUUUUGCCGAAUGGUUGUCGACCGGGAAGCAGAAUCGGGUUUACUUGCCGGAUGAACCUUUCCCGCAUGCGAAUCUCGUCCGGGAAGGUCGGCUGAAAUCAUUCAGGUACGUGCAUGACGAGAAGCUGAUCGAGGACUAUCGGGAACCGUGUAUUGUUUUCUGCGGUCAUCCGUCGUUGCGUUUCGGAGCUGCGGUGCAUUUCACGCUACUGUGGGGGUCGAAUCCCGCGAAUGCCAUUGUGUUUACAGAAUCGGAUUUCGACCAUGCCGAGGCCUUGUCGCCGUACCAGCCGUUGCGAGCGAAAGUUACGUUUUGUCCAAUCGACACGUGUGUCAAUUUUACUCAAUGCAAUUUGCUCAUCAAGGACUUGAAGCCGGCGACGAUCGUCGUGCCGCAGAAAUACACUGUUCCGCCACCGAAUAUGCCUCAGCGCAGUGAUCUGAAGCUUGAUAUUGCGCCGAGCACCAACGUGAUCACGUUCAGACCGAUGGAAGUGGUCGAGAUCCCGCUGGAAAGAACCGUGGAGCGGAUAGAAGUCGACCUCGAACUCGCCAAAAGUCUCGUUCCAGUGGAGCUCCGCCCAGGCCUCAAGCUAGCCUUAGUUCCUCAAGCUGAACUCCAUCGGUGGGACAACAAAUUCACUCUCAAACCGCACGCGCAAAUUUCCGACAGUCCCGCUUCUCCCGAAGAGGAAAGUGGUGAAGGUUCAAAGACGCAGAAAUCGAGGAAAUGCCCGACUCAGGCGGAAACUGCUGCGUUUAUGCCGUGCGGGAAAUUGGACAUCAACGGGUUUGUGAGGCACAUCCAAGACGUGUUUGGCGCGCAGAACGUGAAAGUUGGCUAUGAAAAGGACACCGUCAUCCUGCUGACGCAGAAAUCGAGGAAAUGCCCGACUCAGGCGGAAACUGCUGCGUUUAUGCCGUGCGGGAAAUUGGACAUCAACGGGUUUGUGAGGCACAUCCAAGACGUGUUUGGCGCGCAGAACGUGAAAGUUGGCUAUGAAAAGGACACCGUCAUCCUGCUGAACGUGAAUGAGCAGGAGAGUGUGAUUCGGCUGGCUGAAGGCAAUACCCACAUUUGCAGCACGGACGAGACGCUUCGCCGCAAGUUGUGCAAGCUGGUGAUUGAGAAGCUUUCGGCGCCUUUCUAGAAAUGCACCUUGGCUUUUUUCUGUCGGUGUUCCGAUACUUUUUUGCUGUUAUUGUUGGAGGCGUACACGGAAGCUGGAAGUUAUUGUAUUUACUCGCGGGUGUAGAAGGAGCCGUAUGAAGCAUAUUUAUUUUAUGCUCUUCAGGAUGAGUAUAAAAGGAAUUUUUUCAUUUUUAUCAUAAGACUCACGUUUAUGGAGUUCAGUUCUGUAGAAUUGGACGGUAUUGGCUAUCACAUAAAUCUCACCAAGAUGUUAUCAUGGGUUUAGUUGAAUUCUGGGCUGAAAUUUCAAUCGUAAGUUGGACGAUAAGACGCAUAUUCAAUUCUUUUCAGUAUGAAAUUUUGAUUGAAUUGUAUACCUGAGCAUGUUGCGCUGCCAAUUUCAAUUAGCUCUAAAACUUCAAUGCAGUGCUGUGUGAACAAAAAUUAAACCUCCACAAUUUGAACCCAAAUUUUUCAAGCAUUUCCUUGAAAAAAGUUCUUGGAUGAAAUUGGUCCAAAAUUUCCCAUUCGAAUCAAGUGCAAUGCACACCUGAUCUUCUAAAAUGCUUUUAAAAUUUUAUAUUGCCUGUGAAAUGCACCCCCAUUUUUCUGCUAAAUUUUGAGAACAAAUGUGCAUAUGGUGAAUGCAGUAAUAAGUUGCUGUCCAGUGAAGAGUACAUUAAUUGUAAGAUACGAUAAAUCUUUUUCUGGGAAAAUUGAGCUUAUAUAAAUUUGAAAUGAAUCUAGAAAAUUUUGGCAUUGGAAGCUUUUUAGUGGUGUAGUGUGGUUGGUGAUAAAUGAGUUGGUUUAAUUAAUGGUAAGUAUCAGAACUGUAGAUUAUUCAUAGAUCUCCCACCUGCGGGAGGAUGCUUCAUUCUCUGUGAAGAGCAUAAAGAAAAUAAUUCGCUUCCUUUUUCUGUAGCAUCUAUUAUAAAAUUUAACUACUACAUUAUUUAAAAACAGAAGGCCUGAUAAAUUUGAAUAAUUGAGCUCUGCCCCA